UGCAGCCGCUGCGCAUCGGCUUCCAUGAAACACUGCCUAAGUGCCCGAAUACCAGGAAAGGUUGAAUUACAUAAGGAACUCACACCAAUUAGUUUUUGUAAGAUUAAGUGUCACAGACCUGCCGCAGUUGCCUAUAGUCGAGACGGCACACUACACUGCGAGCGCAAGGACAGUUACGCACGUUUGGAUAGUUUAUCCAAUGCGCCUUAUGAACAUUUAACGACUGACCAAAGAACACAGUUUUCACAGAGCUGCUCGGAGAGGAGGAAACAUGUUCCCACUGCCGAUGUUCACGCCGGAUCAGGUUGCUCGGGUGUGCGAGAAUUUAGAGGAGACCGGAGAUAUCGAGCGCCUCGGCCGGUUCCUCUGGUCCCUGCCGGCCGCCGUGCCGGGCUCCGCGGGGGAAGCGCUAAACCGACACGAGUCUGUGAUGCGAGCGAGAGCCCUGGUCGCUUUCCACGGGGGAAACUUUGAGGCUCUGUACCAGAUUCUCCAAAGCCACCGGUUUACGCGAGAGUCUCACGCCAAACUCCAGGACUUGUGGCUGGAUGCGCAUUACCGGGAGGCGGAGAGGCUCCGGGGGCGGCCGCUGGGACCCGUGGAGAAGUACCGGAUCCGCAAGAAGUUUCCCCUGCCCCGCACCAUCUGGGACGGCGAGCAGAAGACGCACUGCUUUAAGGAAAGAACUCGAAGUUUGCUGAGAGAGUGGUACCUCCAAGACCCGUACCCCAACCCGUCCAGGAAACGCCACCUGGCCCAGGCUACGGGACUCACACCCACACAGGUUGGCAACUGGUUCAAGAACCGGCGCCAGAGAGACCGGGCCGCUUCAGCAAAGAACAGACUGCAGCAGGAUCCAUCCCUCCUGCCUUCUGAGAGCUCACCUGACGGCUCUCUUCAGGAGCACCGCCACCACCCCCAUUUACUGCCUGCCUCUCCACGCCACCUGGGCAGCCCUGAGGCCAGUGACUGCAGCACCGGGACAGAGCACCGGGGAACAGGGGCCUCCACUCCAGAGAUUUCCGUCAGCAGCGACAGCGAGUUUGACUCUUGAGGUGACGGGUUCUCUGACUUUGUCGUUCCCGCAAGGAUGCAGCACCGACCUCAUCAACAUCACAGACAUAUUAAAGACAUUGAUGACUCAAACACUCACUAUCUGUGGCUGUGGACACACUGCAGCUACUGGACAUGUUUUCAACAAGAGGAGGGUGAAGACAAAGCCAAAUGGUGUGGCUGCUAGCGGACAUUGUAAGGGAACGAAUUACAAAUACAAUAUGCACUUAAAAAAGCACAUGACCUUGACUGUUGUAUAAAACCAAGCUGAAUUAGCUUCCCGCUGACUAUGGUACUAACUCAGCACUGUAGCUAGUCAAAUAUCCUAUGGGUACUUCUGCAUCAAUAACAGUGUUUUGCAAUUCUCAGGCAAAGUAUUUAUAGAGAUAAUACCCUCAGCCUGUAGAUGACUUGAAUAUUGAUAUUGUAUGUUUUGAUACUGGUUUCAACAAAUACUUUUGGAGUAGAUUUUAUAGAAGUUAUUAUGUAAAAAAAAUACAUUAUUGAUAAUCGCUAAGAAACACCCUUCGGAUGAACAAUGCCUUCAGGAGGCUGUUGCUGUGAGAACUGUUACUGGUGAACCUGUGGUGACAAAAACUACAUUAUUUUGAUUCAAGACUUUUCACUGCCUUAAAGAGAAACUAAGGGCACAAAACUAUUGCAAUGUAAUAACAAACACAUAAAUAAUAUCUUUAAAUAUACUUAUUCGUUUUACUGUCGUUUGAUGACAUAAUUAACUAUGCACAUGUGCUGCUUAAAAUCCAAAACCUGUCUAAGCUUACCAAAGGUGUUUUACCUUUUCAUGUCUCCCUGAAAUACUUUGAAAUAAUUUUGAGGUGCUCCUCAGCUGCCCUGACGGUGAAUUCCUGCAGGAGCUGAAGCAGAAAAGAAAAAGCACCUAACUGCUGGAUUGAAGAAAUGGGGAGAGUCUGAAGCACAACUCGAUCUUAACUCAAUGUGCCUAAUACAUUUAACAACAGUGAGCUGGUCAGAUAUGACUGUGUCCUCCAAAGUCACGGCGACACGGUCAAAGGCCUACUAUCUGUUUCCUGUCUUACUGUGAACCCAUCAUCUUCAAACAUGACACAUCACUGCAUUUCAUUGAAAAGAUGCAUUUUGUAAACCUUUUAUGUAAAUAAAUGAACUUAUUUUUAUCCAUCA